GUGGAAUGUGAUGCUGCCGUUGGAGCACAACGAAGACAGGAACCUUAACCUACGCGCCCGAACGACCAGCGGCCAGGUUAGUUCUUGUGACGCCUUCACGCGGGACGAAUGUCGUUCGCCGGAUCGGAAACAAAAUCGAGGUCGGAGGUUUGCUGAUCGGUCGUACGGUGCGCGCACGGAACGAAGUAAAAAGCUUGUUUCCACUACUUCGAGCGUUGUGUUCGACGGAGGAACGUUCAUCCCCUGAAAUUGAUACUGAUUGUCACGGGGAAAAGUUUUUUUUUCCGAAUCGAAGUAAGCUAUAGUGUUAUCAAUUAUUCGCCCCGUCUUUGGUGAUGAUUGCAAGCGAAGGAUCGUCGUAGAGGCUGGCAAAAGAGCAGCAAAAGAACAACUCUGAACCUGGCACCGGAGAAUCUGUGUGUGUGUGCGAGGGUGUGUGCUUGGCACGUGUGUGUGUGUAUGCUCGUGCUUAUGGCAGCAUGAGUGAUGUGAUUAUGCGCUCGUCGAACAACCUGAGGAACGGCGGCUGAUGAUGAUGACACACUGAUGAGAGCGGGAACUUUAUAUCGACGGUGCAAUUUGCGGGAAACAUUAAUUUGCGUAUCGUCUAUUAAGCUGUAAAAUACGAUUCUGGAUAUUUUGAGUGAAAAGGUUGUCAUUUCGUUGGGCUCUACCCCCUCCCAGACUGCACGGACUGCAUCCAUCGAAACCGGCCGUAGCUGACGGUCAAGGGAACAAAACGUGGCGGAUCGUAACCCGGAAAUCGGUUGUGAUUUAUGAGUUUUCAGUGAACAUGAUUCAGUGCCGAGCUUAAGCCGAAAGUUCUAGCAACUAGUUGUGGGGUCGGUGUGGGUGCCGUUGGAGGGCUGAAAUCAAGUGAAUGUGUCUGUGUGUGCGCGCCUGUGUGGCAGUGAAAACUGUGCGGGAAAGUUCAUAUCGAUUGUGAAAUACGGCAUAAGCAGAAUAACAGCGUAUCGGGAGUGUGAAAUUGGGAAAAUUUUCAAACAGCAGAUAAAUAGUUGCCAGGGUAGCUUAGUAGAGUCUGUGAAGCGAUGCUGCGUUUUCAGCUGUUCCCUUUGAAGGCAGCACGUUUCGGUGCAGUUUUCAACUUUGAAUAACAUUUCAGCAGCAGCAGCCGGAUCGAUUCUGUAGCAUACGGCCACCGUCGUAAUCCUCCAGAGUGCGCUUUCGGAAGGAAGGGUUAGUGGCGGCAGAGUAGAAAAAAAGAACACACACACACUACUCUUGCAGCAGCAUCAGCAUCCAGACCGGGCAGCAUCAGCGCAGUAUGACGGAGUGAGAAAAUUAUUCAUUCCGGGGCAACAAGAAUAUCCGGUUGCACUUGGACAGAACGACCAGAACGCGAGUAAACAGAAUAAAACAAAAAAAAUCUGCUUCAAAUAAGAGAGAAAAAAACCCGAUGAGAAAAUAAAGUAGUUAUACCUACUAGCGGUAGUGGUGCUAUUUUACCGGCAGCGCCACGAAAUACUAAAAAAACGGGCAGCUCGAAAACAUCAAGCGACAAACAAAAAGCCAAGCAAAAUUUUUCGUGAGGUAGCUUGCAAAAUUAUGAAACGUGAAGUGUUGAAUACAUAGAGUGAAAAGGGGAGGAGAAAAAAAAGAAGUACUGCACUAUCCUCGAUGAAGUGAAGUGUUCGUGGAAGUUAGCUGGGGGGAAAAGCGCCAAUAGGGUGCCACGCGAACUCCCCCAUCGGAGUGUGGCUGCUGCAGAAUCUCCUCUGCACUCCGAGCAGCAGCGGUAACCGAACGGUAAGGCGUUCCGUGGUGGGAUUCUGUGCUGUUCUGGAUACUACGAAACGAAAAAAAAAUACCAUUGUUCGUUAGUGUUUCAACUGAUCGUCCUCCCGCCCGGUGCCUCGGUAAAAUCCGUUUGGAAGUGAAGUCAUCACCAGUCGUCGUCGUCGUCGUCGUGGUCCCCUUCCAGUGGCGACCGUAUUUACCCGUUCCGAGCUAACUGAAUGCGUUGCGAGUCGCCGUCAGUUCGUCAUCCUGUCAGGACGCUGUUAUGAGGGGACACCCGGAACGGAGUUGCUGCUGGCGACCGAGAAACAUGGGGAUUAUUAAAAUAACAUUCCUGCUGGUUUGUUCUGUGCUGGGAUUAGCGAAAGGCAAACAAACACGAGCUCAUGAAACGCCACCUGACUUCAACAACGAAGCAAACUUCCCCCGAUUUGCGGAGCCCAUUCCGAACAUUACGGUCACAAUCGGCCGGGACGCACUGCUGGCGUGCGUGGUGGAGAAUCUCAAAGGAUACAAGGUCGCCUGGGUCCGAGUGGAUACACAGACGAUACUCUCCAUCCAUCACAACGUGAUAACUCAGAACCCUCGAAUCAGCCUGACCUACAACGACCACCGGUCCUGGUAUCUGCACAUCCGAGAGGUGGAGGAGAACGACCGGGGCUGGUACAUGUGUCAGGUCAACACCGAUCCGAUGCGGUCACGGAAAGGCUACCUGCAGGUCGUCGUGCCACCCGCAAUCGUGGAAUCACUGACGAGCAACGACAUGGUGGUUCGGGAGGGGACCAACGUGACGCUGACGUGCAAAGCGAAAGGAUUCCCCGAACCGUACGUGAUGUGGCGCCGGGAGGACGGCGACGAGAUGGCCAUCGGUGGCGAAAACGUGAACGUGGUCGAUGGUGAAAUUUUACACAUUACCAAAGUCAGCCGGUUGCACAUGGCAGCCUAUCUGUGUGUGGCUUCGAAUGGGGUGCCGCCAUCUAUCAGUAAGCGGGUGCAGCUGAGGGUGCAAUUUCCCCCGAUGCUGUCGAUCCCGAACCAGCUGGAAGGUGCCUACCUCGGGCAGGACGUCAUCCUCGAGUGCCACACGGAGGCAUAUCCGGCGUCCAUCAACUACUGGACGACGGAGCGGGGCGAUAUGAUCAUUUCCGAUACUUCCCGCACCGGGGACAAAUUCGAGACCAUGUCCCGCAACACCGGCUAUACCAAGUUCAUGCAGCUGAAAAUUAGAAGCGUCGGUCCGGCAGACUUCGGCUCGUAUCGAUGCGUUGCGAAAAACUCAUUAGGCGAAACGGACGGGUUAAUCAAACUGGACGAAAUACCAGCGCCAACGACAAUAUUGACAACCGAAUCACUUUAUAACAAUCGAUCAAAAGGUCGGAAAGCAAACAAAAAGAUCGAUCCGCUGAUGGUCGGUGAUUACGGUGUGGAGGAGUGGAAGGAGAACGGUGCAUCGAUACGACAUCCCCCGGGGGCAUUCCACAACGGCAGCUGGGGUCCGUUCAGUGUUCCCGGCGUUCUGCAGCUGCUGCUGCUCGGAAAUCUGGUGACGUUAGCGUCUAAACUGUUCGGUGGCCUCAACAGCAGCAGAUGAAACAGAAGAGCGACCGAUCGAUUUCCAUAAAUCCUUCACCUUCAUACGACCAGUCUCCCGAGUAGUUGCGACAGACGCAGACUCGCGCCGAACACGCGCAAAUAUCAUUCAUCACAUGAACACAGACACACACAUAUAAACAUUCACCCACACACCAUGCGGAUGUCGCAUCGUCGGCAGUAGCGUAGCGGAAGAUUGAACUGGAACCGAGUGUUCAGAGACUCCCCCGCACUACAGGACUCGACGGUUUUCAUACGCAGUGAUCGUCACCAACAUACAACACACCGACACACCGACACCAACACAAACACAGACACAUAGCUUAUUUAUGUAGGUAAGUUGAAAGCUGAACCAUUGUUUGUAUACAAGAAACAGUCAAAGUGCAGAUGAUUUAGGAAAAUUUCUAUACAGAAAUAAACGAAAGCAGAGCGACAAGGGAAUAAGUAUAUGAGAUAUAUAAUAUAUUGCUAAUUAGUAAGAAGCUAGCAUAAAUCAAAUUAGAUUGUUUGUAGAGCUGUAAGAAAACUGCUAGGGUACUGCUGUGAGCUGUUUUGUAAAUAUACAGGUAAACUAGUGUUACGAGUU